CUAUUUCCUCAAACAUUUUCGUACUCAAUAUCACUUCAUUCUCUUCUUUUCGUGAUGAAUUGUCCCUCACGUGCCGAUCCUUCUGAUACAGAGGGCUGGAAUCAGAGCCCAAAUACUACCCUCAUUGCUGACGCAACGACCAGGGCUGGCCUUAACCACAGUCAAGCUGCUAAAUUGCAAAGACACCAUAAAAUAGGCCCUACGGAUGCAAUCGCAUCUAGUAUAGAACCGACCGAACUCCAUACAAUUGACGGAACAGACAGUACAGUUAAGUCGAAGGCGUUCGAUGGCCAGGGCAACGAUGUCAUUGGUAAAGGCAAACGUUCGGGAACCAUCAAUGGUGACGCACCUGGCAACCCAGACAGGAAUUCUGACAGCGUGAUUGGCACCUGGCGUACCUCGCUGCGUGUGCUCACUAGAAGAGCUUCGAACAUGGUAGUCAAAUAUACGAAAUUCAUCGGACCUGGUUUCAUGGUUGCCGUUGCGUAUAUCGAUCCUGGAAAUUACGCGACCGAUGUUGCUGCCGGUGCUUCUUUCAGGUUCAAACUUCUGUUUAUCGUGUUAAUGUCGAACAUUUUCGCUAUAUUCCUCCAAUCCUUGUGCAUCAAGUUAGGUUCUGUCACGGGAAUGAACCUCGCUGAGAAUUGCAAAGCAAAUCUCCCGCCAUGGCUUAACUAUGUCCUCUAUGCCUUUGCAGAGUCCGCAAUCAUUGCAACCGAUAUUGCAGAGGUUAUUGGCACUGCCAUUGCUCUCAAUCUACUCCUUGAUGUCCCUCUCGUUGCGGGCUGCGCUAUAUCCAUUGUCGAUGUGCUCAUCAUUCUAAUUUUCUACCGUCCUUCUGGCACAAUGCGUGCUCUGAGAACGUUUGAGAUCUUCGUAAUGCUCCUAGUCAUCGGAGUCGUCAUUUGUUUCUGCUUUGAGCUCAGCAAGAUUAAAGCACCUGUUGGAGAUGUUUUCCGCGGAUACUUACCCUCUUCUACAUUAGUAAAGUCACAAGCUUUGUACCAAUCUUGUGGUAUCCUUGGAGCUACUGUCAUGCCCCAUAGUCUUUACCUGGGAAGCGGCGUUGUCCAGCCGCGCCUACGCGAAUUCGAUAUGAUCAACAACACAUCAAGGACACUGGAGACGGACUCUGUUGACGACCGAAUCAAGUACAAACCCUCUUUGGCCGCUAUUCAAUCAUGCAUGUUGUACAGCAUUGUCGAACUAGCAUUCACUCUCUUCACUUUUGCUCUUUUCGUUAAUAGCUCCAUCCUGAUUGUUGCUGGUGCAUCCCUCUAUGGCCUCCCCCAAGCCGAUAACGCGGACCUCUUCUCGAUUCACAGCCUCCUCUCUCGGUCCAUUGCGCCCGUUGCUGGUACCUUGUUCGCAUUGGCCUUGCUACUGUCAGGUACCUCGGCGGGUAUUGUAUGCACAAUCAGUGGUCAGAUGGUCUCUGAAGGCCAGCUCAACUGGUCACUCAAGCCAUGGCUCCGUCGCCUCAUCACCCGUUCAAUUAGCAUCACGCCCAGCAUCAUCAUUGCCGGCUCGGUGGGCCGCGAAGGGCUUGGUAAAGCGCUUCAGGGUUCUCAAGUGGCGCUGAGCGUUAUUCUACCCUUUGUCAGCGCUCCCUUAAUCUGGUUUACCUGCCGUGAGAAGUACAUGAAAGUGGACAUACUCGACGAGAAUGGGCCGGUCGGGACGGGAGAUGAGGGGGAAAGACAUGUUCAGAUGAACAAUGGCUGGGUUAUGACGAUUUUUGCACUCCUGAUUUGGGGUGUCAUUGUGGUUAUGAAUGUGGCGCUCUUAGUGCUCGUCGGUCUGGGUGUUGCUUAAUCGCACACGUGAAAAGUUCUUAAUAUCGUAUAUGUUGUACGAGAGUAAUAUCAAAGAUGAUCUGAAGUAUGCGGG